UUCACCCGCGGCGCCGCAUCACGUCGGGUCAAAACGCAAAAACGCUGCCGGCUCAUCCGAACGGGACCCAACCACACGGCACUCAAGACGCGGCUGCAAACCGAGCGCGUCUCCGCGGAGAAACAACCACAAGCACCCCCCCCCUGGAAAACGGCCGCGCUGUGCGUGUUGCUGGCCGGCGCGCGUACUCCUGGACGGGCCGGGGCUGCCCCCGCGCACCAUGACCCCCGCCCAACUCACCCCCAACCCAUUACCGGACGAGGACGACGCCGAAACGCCUCAAACACCGCCCGCCAGCGACGCCGACGACGCGCCAACACCAAAAAGAGAAGACGAGGCGCCCGCGAAAGCGAUCCGACGAGCGAAGCGUGCGUGACACGGCGUCCUUUUCAAGCGUCGCAGCGAUGGCGUUCCGGUGCGAGAGAGAUACAACAUCGACGCGACCGUCGCUCGCAGGCUCCUACACGCCCCCGCCCAACAAACCCACGAGCGUCCACCUCUCCCCGACUGCCUCCUCCCGAAACCCAAAGACCAUCGGCAUGCCCAAGGCGCCCAUCGAGUACGCCCACGAAAUUAGACAAUGCACGUUCUCGCCGCGCGUGCGUGAAUCGGCGUCCUUUUUUGAGCGUCGCGUCGAUAGCGUAACGUGACGCGACUCGCAGGUCAAAGGCGUCGCCGCGCACAUGAAGCAGGCCCGGGCCUGGACGUCCGUGGAGGUGACGGAGCGUUUGGCCGCGCAGCCGCCGCCGCCGCCGCCACCGCCAAAGCCGAAGCAACAAACCAUCGGCGGCCCCUCGAUCGACUUCCAGGAGUUCGUGAGAAGACAAGGGAGGGACUCGUCGCGGCGCGCGCGCAAGGCCGAGGCGCGGCAGAAGGAGACGCCGCGCGAGUGUUCCUUCAAGCCGAGGCUCUGCGAGAAUUCCAAAAGAAUGGCGCGCAACUCGAAGUUCGACGACCGCCAGAACCGCCUCGAAGCGCGCCGCCUCCAGCGCAUGGCGAGCGGCGAUAGAGAAAAGUUCUCGGGCCACCUCGAGUCGGACGCGAAGAACCCGCCCGACGCGCCGCGGCCGCGCGAGACGUUCCGGUGCGGGCCCAGCGUCCUUUUUUCAGCGUCGCGGCGAUGGCGUACCGGUGGACGACACGCAGGCCCGAAGUCACGGCCAAGGCGAAAGCAAGGCCCGCGCGCACCGCCGACGCGCAAUCGAGAAUAGACGCCGCGCGGCGCCAGGCCGCGACGAAACGCGUCGAGGCGUCGCUCGCCGCUCGACGAGCACGGGAGGAAACGUUUAGGCCGCGCCUGAACCACCAGACGUCGCGGUCCUGGGAGGACGUCAAGCCGCGGUUGUUGGCGCCAUCUCGCCGCGCGCGCGACGCGACGCGCGCCCCGAAGCGCGACGACGAUUUGGAGGCGUGCUCCUUCAGGCCGCACCUCGUCGCGCAGUGCCCCGCGUACAUCCACGCCAUGGCCGACGCGUCGCGGGCGUCCAAAAGGGCGGAGCCCGCGCCGCCGCCGCCGCCGAAGCCGAUGUUCUUCCACGGCCGGGACUAAGUCGGUCUUCUUGUGA